GGAAACAGCAGGCGAGACCUGGAAAUGGACCCGUGAUCUGGAUUGUCUUCUUUCUGGAAAGCUCUCAAGCAGGAUUUGAGUGAUGCUGUCCUUGGCAGGUGGAUCCCAGUCCCCUCUGUUUCUUGAUUGGCUUUUGAAAAGGAUGAGCAUUGACAUACUCCCUGUCCCAUUAACUCUACGAGGUAGACACUCCAGUUAUCUCCAGUUUAUAAGAGGAAGCUGAGGCUGGGAAAUGGAGGGACUGAGCUUUGGGCAGGCUCUUCCCCGUACAAGCUGUGUGUGCUCCUGUUCUUUCUCUUCAUCACGCGGUACUGCAUCCAUUCUCUUCUGAUUACCCUACAUUUCUCUACUGACCCCUGAGGGGAUGGAGUUGGAGCCAAGGGAAGCUUUCAUGCUGAUGGAUUACCAUGUUGUUUUGCUUCAUGUGUCAAGUGGAGGACAGAGCUUCAUUUAUGAUCUCGAUACUGUCUUGCCAUUUCCCUGCCCCUUUGACACUUACGUAGAAGAGGCCUUUAAGUCUGACGAUGACAUUCAUCCACAGUUUAGGAGGAAAUUUAGAGUGAUCCGUGCAGAUUCCUACCUGAAGAACUUUGCUUCCGACCGAUCUCACAUGAAAGACUCCAGUGGGAACUGGAGAGAGCCUCCUCCACCCUACCCCUGCAUUGAAACUGGAGACUCCAAAAUGAACUUGAAUGAUUUCAUCAGUAUGGAUCCUGAAGUAGGAUGGGGCGCUGUCUACACGCUGUCUGAAUUUGUACAUCGGUUUAGCAGUAACUACUGAAUUUGACAUCAGGAUGUGGAACUGUGCAGAAAUUCUAGGACAUGGACAAGCUAUUCUUUCGUUUAGGACAGCAAACAUUAUGGUACARUUGGCUUGGAGUUACAUUUUUCUUUUGAUUCAAUUGAGGGGAAACAUGAGUGAACACAAAUAUCUGUGAACUGAAUAAAACCUUUUUUGGGCUGGGGCUGUAGCUCAGUGGUAGAAAAUAUGUGCUUAGCAUAUGUGAGACUUUGGGUCCCAUCCCCAGCAACUCAGAAAUAUAAAAUAAAAUGUAGUCUUUUUUAACAAAAUGUCAAGUUGAAACUUGAUGUAGCAUGUAAUUGCUAGGUUAUUCCUGUGGCUUAUUUGCUAAAACACGUGAUGACUUAUGUGGGUGAUAGCUCUUGUUAAGAUAGAGGUGUGGACUGGAGCCAGCUCCGUUUGUCUGAUCUGGGUGUUUCCUGUCUCUCUGGCUACACUAARCUUCUUGUGGGCAGGGCCAUGCCUGUGGCUGUGGAAAUCUAUGAUGCCCAUAGAAGGUGCCCAUAAAAUAUUUCUAGAGACAGUGCUGCUGCCUGGGAAGGGAUAAUACUGUGAGCUGAAUCAGCAGUAAGUAUUAGUCUUUUUGGACUAUGAUGUUGUUAAAAAGGUUGAAGUUCUCUUAGGCUGAGUGAUAUUUGGCCUAUUUGUAAAUUGUUUUAAAUAAAAUAGAUUUAAAACUAGUUUUGUUUUGAAGAUUUUGUGUUGCUCUUGGUGAUCCAAAACACCUAAGAAUGUCUUAAUCAUUGAUGAGAACCAUUGCUUUAAAACACAUUGAUCAUGUCUGCCUUUUUGAAGAUGCCUUGGAAA